AUGGCUACAGAGAUUUACGGGCGAGUCGUGGUCUGUUCUUCUGCUGCUGGGGCUCCUUUUUUCCAAACGUCUUCCAAAUCCUGCCUGGGCCGCCUGACUGUACCAUCGAUACUGGUGGAGCAUAGCGACGGUCUUCUUCUGGUGUACCUCUACCAGAAUGAAGCGUAUUGGCAUUCGUAUCAGCAGAAUCGUACGAAUGUCCCCUUGCAUGCCCCUGCUCUUCGUCGAGGGGAACAGGUUGACCCUUGCCAGACGGAAUACGCGGUGAAUAAGGCCGGCAAAGACAAGGCCGAGAGUGGAUCCAGUCAAGACAUCUACGGUGCUGUUUCAACGAAUGCAACACUGCGCAACACGGCAGAUUCCGCUUACCUUGCCAAUGGUGUCUGUAGUCCAUGUCAACACAGAUUCGGUCCGAACGAUCAAAGAACCCACAAAGAGAUGGAGCUUUCCGGACAAAUAAAAC